CGCGCCGGGAAGAUGGCAGCCCUUGUGUCGCCCUUGGCUACUGCGCGCUGCCUGCUGCGGGCUGUGGGGUGCCGCGGCCGCCUGCUCCCGCCGCACAGAGCCUACACAGCUCAGGCAGAUGAGAAGACAGGCCCUGCUACUGCUACAGAUGCUCAUGCCAGAGCCUUACUGGUUUGCAAUGGACCUUUAGAACAUUAUGACUUUUUGAUUAAGCAUAAAGAGCUGAAGAAUGACGAGCAACAAAGAAGAGUUGUGCAGCAGCUGCAGAAAUUGCAUGAGAGCCUUAAAGGCUACAGCAUUGAUUCGAAAAAUGUUCUUUCAAAGCUCUUUGCCAAAACCAACCCCCCAAAAGGUCUUUAUGUCUAUGGAGAUGUUGGCACAGGAAAGACAAUGGUGAUGGACAUGUUCUAUUCUCACUUAGAAGCAGAAAGGAAGAAGAGAGUCCAUUUUCAUGGCUUCAUGUUGGAUGUACACCAGAGAAUACAUCGCCUUAAGCAGAACUUACCAAAGAGAAAAGCAGGAUUUAUGGCCAAAUCAUAUGACCCAAUUGCACCUGUGGCAGAGGAAAUAAGCAAAGAGGCUGCUCUCCUGUGUUUUGAUGAGUUUCAGGUCACUGACAUUGCUGAUGCCAUGAUUCUGAAGCAGCUUUUUGAAAAUCUCUUCCAAAAUGGGGUUGUCGUUGUGGCAACAUCUAACAGGCCGCCAGAAGAUCUGUAUAAAAAUGGUCUUCAGAGGGCUAAUUUUGUACCAUUCAUUGCUGUGCUGAAGAAAUACUGCAGCACAGUCCAGCUUGAUUCUGGAAUAGACUACAGGAAACGAGUGCUUCCAGCUGCUGGAAAACUUUACUACCUCACAAGUGAAGCUGAUGUGGAGGCUGUCAUGGAUAAGUUGUUUGAUGAGCUGGCUCAGAAACAAAAUGAUUUAACUAGACCAAGGAUUCUAAAAGUGCAAGGCAGAGAGCUGAGGCUGAAUAAAGCAUGUGGAACCAUUGCAGACUUCACGUUUGAAGAGCUGUGCGACAGACCUCUUGGAGCCAGCGACUAUUUGGAAAUAUCAAAGCAUUUUGACACAGUGUUUGUUCGUGACAUACCACUUCUUACAACAGCAAAAAGGACACAAUCUCGUCGUUUCAUUACUCUUAUUGAUACCUUUUAUGAGCGUAAGGUGCGCAUUAUCUGUUCUGCAGCAGCUCCUCUCCAAAGCUUGUUCCAGGUGAAACACGACAGUGGUGAACUGCAGGACAACAGAGUGUUGAUGGAUGAUUUGGACUUGAGCCAGGAUUCUGCCAAAGAACUCUCCAUGUUUACAGGAGAAGAGGAAGUCUUUGCCUUUCAGCGUACUCUUUCACGGCUCACAGAAAUGCAAACUGAACAGUACUGGAAUGAUGGGGACAGAAGCAAAAAAACAUAAUUUAAAGUUGAAUGAGAUCACCAAGAAGUAAAACUACAGCAUGAAAUCACCAAGAAGAAAAAUUGGAACAGCUUCAGAAAAGCACUGGAAAGCUUUUUAGCACAACUUGAAUAAUAAUUGCACUUUAUCAUCUGGACCAUGUUUUCUUUCAUCAAUAGUUUUUUGAGUUUAAGACAUGAGGUCUCAGUUAUUUGUCUGUACCACCAGUGUGUGGAUAUGUGAAAUUUUGCCUUCAUUCGUUCUUCUUCAAACCUGUCUGGAUGUCUGGCUCCAUACAGUGGUGGUGAAUGGAAUUACCUCCAGCUGGUGGCUGGUCACCAGUGGUGUUUACCCGGGCUCAGUGCUGGGCCCAGCCCUCUUCAAUAUCUUUAUGCAUGGUGUAUGGACAAGGGGAUCAAAGUGCACCCUCAGUAAGUUCACAGAUGACGCCAAGUUGGGUGGGCAUGUUGACCUGCAGGAGGGUAGGAAAGCUCUGCAAAGGGAUCUGGACAGGCUGGAUCAAUGGGCUGGGGCCAGUUGUAUGAGGUUCUACAUAGGCCAAGUGCCAGGUCCUGCCCUUGGGUCACAACAGCCCUAGGCAGCACCACAGGCUGGGGCAGAGGGGCUGGAAAAUUGCCAGGGGAAAAGGACCUGGGGCUAAACAGAACAUGAGCCAGCUGUGCCCAGGUGGCCAAGAAGGCCAAUGGAGCCUCAGCCUGUAUCAGCAACAGUGUGGCCAGCAGGACCAGGGCAGUGAUUGUUCCCCUGUACUUGGCACUGGUGAGGCCUCACUUUGAGUGCUGUGUCCAGUCUGGGCCCCUCAGUACAAGAAGGACAUUGAGGGGCUG